UCAAUACAAAAAGAUAAAUUAUGAACCUUUUCCGAAUUAUAAUCGUUUUGUAAGUUUUCUCCAUAGUUACUUAAAGGCAAAGGUACUUAAAUUAUGUGCUGGAUUAUACAGCAUUUUUGCUGAACAAUAAAGGGUAGCACACUGUUACUGGCUACCACUGAUCACAAAUUUAAACUUCUGUGAUAAGUGGUUUAAAAUUUAGUAUAUUGUCAAUUUGUUUUAAGUAAAUCAGUACAGGGUCCAGAGCGCAAUUUCGUUUACGUACAAAGCGGCAAACUCCACAUUCCGCAGAGGGUCUUUAAGAAAUUACAGUGCUGUAUGUACAAAAACGGGAAGUUUUUAAAAGGCCUUUUCUGUCUGAUUGACAUUUCUGUAGCCAAUCAACUUUGCAUUGCAGUGAUACCGCCUUUCUGCAGAAAUUUCAGCCAAUAACAGGUGACUUCCGGUUCGCCUGCCUCCCAAUCGCAUUAAACAACUUAGUUUGAAAACGUUCGCGGUUGUAAAGGCAGCGAGUGUUUUACUUUUUGUUUACAUUUUUUAUUUUUUUAAAGGCUGUUUAACGUUAUAAUGCAGAAUAAAGAGAACCACGAUCCUAAGGGGCCCCAGAGACAGAUCAAUACUCCUGCUGGAAUAAUGGGCCCCCAGCGAGUUCUCAGGAACCCAGGAACAGACUCUGGAGAGAAAACUGGUGUCACAGGUCUGAGCAGAGUGGCAUCUGUAUCCAGUUCAACCAAAACCCUAAAAUUCUCCAUUGAGAACUUUGAUAUUGGGCGGCCACUGGGCAAGGGCAAAUUUGGGAAUGUGUACCUGGCACGGGAGCGCAAACUGAAGUUCAUUGUGGCAUUGAAAGUUCUAUUCAAGUCCCAGAUGGAAAAGGAAGGUGUGGAGCACCAACUCAGAAGGGAGAUUGAGAUCCAGUCCCACCUCAGGCACCCCAACAUCCUACGCUUUUACAACUACUUUCACGAUGCCACUCGGGUGUUUCUAAUCCUGGAAUAUGCCCCGCGUGGGGAAAUGUACAAGGAAUUGCAGCGCUGUGGCCGUUUUGAUGACCAGCGGACUGCCACUUACAUGGAGGAGCUAUCUGAUGCACUACAGUACUGUCAUGAAAGGAAAGUCAUCCACCGAGACAUCAAGCCUGAGAACCUGCUGCUAGGGUUCCGUGGCGAGCUCAAGAUAGCCGACUUUGGUUGGUCGGUCCAUGCACCAUCCCUGCGUCGCCGUACCAUGUGUGGCACACUGGAUUACCUACCCCCAGAGAUGAUUGAAGGGCGUACCCAUGAUGAGAAGGUGGAUUUGUGGUGCAUUGGGGUUCUCUGCUAUGAAUGUUUGGUGGGGAACCCCCCAUUUGAGACAUCAAGCCACACUGAGACUUAUAAGCGCAUCGCCAAGGUGGACCUUCAGUUCCCUAGGGUGGUGUCGGAUGGGGCACGAGACCUGAUCUCAAAACUACUUCGCCACAGCCCCUCCAUGCGGCUCUCAUUGCAAGGUGUCAUUGAUCAUGCAUGGGUGCGCGCCAACUCUCGUCGUGUCUUGCCUCCAGUCUACACCCCCAAGAAGCCUUAACCUCACUUCAACCCUUCUGUUUUCAGGCGUGUGUUAUUUUCUCUCCCUUUUAAACUCUGCUUUUGUUCAGGACAUUGGUGAACUGAAAAAUGUAGAAUCAAAUGUUUUUUUUUCUUCUUAGUGUAACAAUUUUAUUUUUUAAUUUUUUCCCCCUCUGUAUAUCGUAUGUUUAAGGU